UUUCUCAUUGUAUCUCUCUAGUUAUUCAACAGUAUCCAGGAGAAAGCGGUUGAGGACACGAUGCUGACCACAAAGAAGGAGAUGGUGAUGGAACCCACCUCGAAGUCUCUGAAUGAGGACUUGGAGGAGGCAGCCAAGGAGUUUCAGCAGAAGCACAAAGAAGAAGUGGAGAAGUUAAAAGGGAUCGAUCUUUCCCAGUACGUAAUCCGGGGUGAGGAUGACGAGUGGAACGAGGUUCUGAAGAACACCGGUCAGAAUGCGUCUAUAGUCAGCGUGAAGAGCGACAAGAAACGAAAACUAGAGAAGCCGGAAAGGAACGGGUUUAAGCUGCAGAAAAAGCUCAAAAAAAGUAAAGAUAAGAAGCAGAAGUUUCGGAAGUGAGUGGCUGAGCACCAUGUUCUGGACGCACCCGCUGUCGCCUUCAGUAACUGCGGGGACUAAAUAUUGCAGAGGCAGCGCCUGCACUGGACAAUUACCCGUUCUUGGCGGUUUCCCUAGGUGAUACUGUAUAUAGUUGAAUGAUUAAUGCAUUGUGUAUCGCCCACAGUGGGUGACAGCAGUGUAUACAUGUACAGAGCUGGCCGUAUACCAUAUGAACCACAAGCUUUAGGAUUGUUCUGUUUCCACUGACCUGGGCUAUACAGUUUAUCUUUAAUAAUAAUAAAUAGUAAAACCAGCUUUACCCUUCUCAUGGAAGUACUCCGUGGUAUUAUCAGUAUACACUCUGAAUUGCUCAUCAUAUUUAGCAGAUCACGGAGAUGCGAUUGUCCCAUUUGCGCACCCUCUGUUGGCCUGGCACGUGCGGCGUAUCAGACAGAGAAACUUCUCCUUUGGAACGAUGCAAGAAAACAUAAAAAAAAGAAAAAUAGUGCAGGUGGGAUUUUCUAUCCGCCCUGCGCCAGUCUGUCUACUGUUCACACAAUGCUCCAUUUACAGGGUUUUCAAGAUGUGGCUGUUCAGCUUCUGUGGAACUACUCAUCCCAGCAAACCCUACCACAGCUUUGCUAUUAGGGCUAUUAGUUCCACAGCAGCUGGAAGUCCACAUGUUGGACACCCUGCCGCAAUCUCAGUGUUUGUGAAGCACUUUUAUUUAUUUUUUGUUGCAUUUUUUCCAAACCUGGCGCAGUGUAAUCGCUGGAGCUCCGGCUACAGCAGACGCUGGCGAUUCUGAGUUACGUGGAAGUGCUGGAGCUCUGUUCAGACUCUUACUAGGUAAGAUUGUUUAUUUCCCCAUUUACAUUGAAUAGCUAAGGGAAUAUUCUAUAAAGUAGGUGAAAUAUGUUUUGCAGCUGUAAGUUUUACAUAGCCUUUUCUUGUGGUCAGUAAGUGGCCGUGGUGUAGCCAACUCCUGUAUAAAAUGUUUUGGGGGUUUUUUCAUAAUUUUUUGUGUAGUUUUUACUGAGUUAGUUUUUAUUAAACAGGAAAAACCAAAGAUCUUCUAA